CUAUAAAUUCCUUCUACACGGUGCGCAUUUUUUCUCAGACUCGAAAACCAAAUCGAACAGCACUAGAAGAAGACGAUGGAGAAAGAGGAGAGCACGGAACAGCGAAAGCAAGCGAUGCUCGCCAUUAUGGAGCUCGCUAACAUGAUAAGCGUACCGAUGGCGUUAAACGCCGUCGUUCGCCUCAACGUCGCCGACGCCCUCUGGCAAGGUGGCGCCAACGCCCCCCUCUCCGCCUCCGAGAUCCUCCCCCGCAUCCUCCCCGGCGCCGACGGCGCCGACGCCGAGAACCUCCAGCGGCUCCUCCGUAUGCUUGCCAGCUACGGCGUCUUCCGCGAGCACCUCGCCGCCGGCGAACGGAACUACUCCCUCACUGAGGUUGGCAAAACGCUCGUCACCGAUGAACAAGGCUUGUCAUACGCACAUUACGUGCUCCAACACCACCAGGAUGCGUUGAUGCGAGCGUGGCCAUUGGUGCACGAGGCAGUAGUGGACCCUACAAAGGAGCCCUUCGAGAUGGCCAAUGGAGAGCCAGCAUAUGGGUACUAUCUGAAGCAGCCAGAGAUGAAUGACCUAAUGGUGAGGGCUAUGUCAGGGGUGUCAGUGCCCUUCAUGAGGGCCAUGCUAGAGGGCUAUGAUGGCUUCCAAGGUGUGGAGAAGCUUGUGGAUGUGGGUGGUAGUGGUGGAGAUUGCCUUCGUAUGAUCUUGCAAAAACACCCCACCAUCAAAGAAGGGAUCAACUUUGACCUACCUGAAGUUGUGGCCAAAGCCCCUCAAAUCCCAUGUGUAACCCAUGUUGGCGGUGACAUGUUCAAGUCUAUUCCCCAAGGAGAUGCUAUCUUCAUGAAGUGGGUGCUAACAACAUGGACUGAUGAAGAAUGCAAGCACAUAAUGCAGAGCUGUCACAAGGCACUCCCUGAGGGAGGCAAACUAAUAGCAUGUGAGCCAGUGCUGCCAGAGCACUCAGACGAGAGUCACAGAACGAGGGCUUUGCUUGAAGGUGACAUUUUUGUGAUGACAAUCUAUAGAGCUAAAGGGAAGCACAGGACUGAAGAACAGUUCAGGCAAUUAGCCAUUGAUGCAGGCUUCCCUCGUUUCAGAGCCUUCCAUGUUGACCAUUUCUACACUGUCCUUGAGUUUCAGAAAUGAAAUAAAAUGAAGGAAACAACUACUCUGCUCUGUUUCAACUUUGAAUUAAGUGGUUAUUUAUUGGUAUGUGAUAUUGGAACAGAGUUACUUGGAGAAAUGGGGCAGAAUUUUAGGUAUUGAUUGUCGGGUUAGUAGAAUGCUUAGAGAUGCAGAAUUGAAGACACAAAAAUAGUAGGAGACCCGCUUAAUUAGGUCCCUAUCAUGAUCAUGUGUCUAAAAAUAAGAAUCAUACCUUUACAAAAACUACUACGAGUAACGACAGAGUAGUACCCUAUGUACCCUAAAAUUAAAUAAAUAUCUGUUCAAGAAUAAAAAAAACUACUAUCCUUUUUUAUUUAA